AUGGUCAACCACACCAUAUUCUUUGACAUCGCCGUUGAUGGCAAGCCCUUGGGCCGCAUCUCCUUCGAGCUCUUUGCAGACAAAGUUCCAAAGAGAACAGAAAACUUUCGUGCUCUGAGCACUGGGGAGAAAGGAUUUGGUUAUAAAGUUUCCUGCUUUGGUGACUUCACAUGCCAUGAUGGCACUGGUGGCAAGUCCAUUUAUGGGGAGAAACUUGAUGAUGAGAAUUUCAUCCUGAAGCGUAUGGGUACUGGCAUCUUGUCUAUGGCAAAUGCUGGCCCCAACACUAACAGUUCCCAGUUUUUCAUCUGCACUGCCAAGACUGAGUGGUUGGAUGGCAGGCAUGUGGUCUUUGGCAAGGGGAAAGAGCACAUGAAUAUUGUGGAAGCCAUGGAGUGCUUUGGGUCCAGGAAUGGCAAGAACAGGAAAAAGAUCACCAUUGCUGACUGUGGACAAAUCUUAUAA